CAGGGGGGCUGGGGAUCCCUUGGGAAUUGGGGAGCAUCCCUGGGGAUGGGCAGGGCCCCCUCACACCGCUCUCCCUGUGCCCCCCAGCUGGCAGGAGGGAGAAGAUGAAAGCAGGCUGCAGCAUCGUGGACAAACCUGAGGGAGGAGGAGGCUACCAUUUCCCGGAGUGGGCCUACAAGACGGAGUCGAGCCCGGGCUCCAGGCAGAUCCAGCUGUGGCACUUCAUCCUGGAGCUGCUGCAGAAGGAGGAAUUCCGCCACGUCAUCGCCUGGCAGCAGGGCGAGUACGGCGAGUUCGUCAUCAAGGACCCCGACGAGGUGGCCCGGCUGUGGGGCAGGAGGAAGUGCAAGCCCCAGAUGAACUAUGACAAGCUCAGCAGGGCCCUCAGAUAUUACUACAACAAGAGGAUCCUCCACAAGACCAAGGGCAAAAGAUUCACCUACAAGUUCAACUUCAACAAGCUGGUGAUGCCCAACUACCCCUUCAUCAACAUCCGGCCCAACGGUGUGGUCCCCCAGAGCGCUCCCCCCGUGCCCACGGCCUCGUCCCGCUUCCACUUCCCUCCUCUGGACACCCACUCUCCCACCGAGGAUUCCCAGCCCGGCCGCUUCCCGGGGGCCGCGCUGCCGGCGGCGGCGGCGGCGGCGGCCGAGGCGCUGGGGGACGGCGGUGACAGAAAACCGGAGGUGCCGGAGCUGGAGGAUCCCUCCUCGGAUUGGCGCCGGGGCGUGGAUCUCAUGGCCCCCCACGGCGGCGCCCCGGCGGCGGCGGCGGCGGUCGCCCCCCAGAAGCGCAAGCCCGACAUCGUCCUGCCGCUCUUCUCCCGGCCGGGGAUGUACCCGGACCCCCACAGCCCCUUCGCGGUGUCCCCGCUGGCCGCCGGGCGCGGGGGGGUCCUCAACGUGCCCCUGUCGCCGGCGCUGUCGCUCACGCCCACCCUGUUCUCCUACAGCCCCUCGCCGGGGCUCAGCCCCUUCGCGGGCGGCAGCUGCUUCUCCUUCAACCCCGAGGAGAUGAAACACUACCUGCACUCCCAGGCCUGCUCCGUCUUCAACUACCACCUGAGCCCGCGGACUUUCCCCCGCUACCCGCUGGUGGUGCCGCCCCUGCAGUGCCCGGUGCCCCUGGAGGAGCAGCCCCAGUUCCCCAUCAAGCUCCAGCCGCCCCCCGUGGGCAGGAAGAACCGGGAGAGGCCGGAGAGCGCCGAGGAGCCGGCGCAGCUGCGGGUCAAGGUGGAACCCCCCGCCGACAGGGAGCCCCCGGAGCCCCAGGGGAGGGACGGGGAGGAAGGUUCCGGAACGGAGGGGGAGGACAAGGGCCCGGUGUUCGCCCGCCCGGCCGCUCCCUCCUCCUCCUCCUCCUGGCUCGCCCAGCCCGCCCAGUCCUCCUCGGAAGAACCCCCGGAGCACGGGGAGAGCAGCGGCACCAACACCACCAGUGGAGGAGUGGGGGGCGCAGAGAAGCCCCCCCGGGAUGGCAGCGCGGAUGGGGGAGCUCAGGAGAAGAGGGAGGACGCCCUGAUGCCCCCCAAGCUGCGCCUGAAGCGCCGCUGGAACGGGGACAGGGACAGGGACAGGGACAGGGACAGGGACAGGCAGGCGGAGCCGCCCGAGCAGAGCGGGCUCUGGGGCGGCCCCAAGGCCGUGGCCGCCGCCUCCGACGCCUGAGCUGGGGGCUCACAGGGCAAAGCCU